AUGGGUGGUUUUAGCUUCAAAAACUUCACAUUCUUUCUUAUUGUCGUUGCUCUUGUUUGGUGGUCGAAUAUUGAAACUUCCAAUGCAAGAAGAGUUGGCAAGCAUUGGAGGCAAAGACGAACCGAUUUCACUUCUCUUUCGAAGAAGAAAGGGAAGCAUCACGGCGGCAACCACCACAAUCAUGGUGGCAAGUCAAAACAGAAAACUCCUCCACCACCCUCACCACCACUAUCGACGCCACCGGCUCCGCCAACAAAGCCGCCGAAGAAAGGUGGAGACAUUACAGCUCCAGCAUCUUCCCUUGUCUUCAAUGUGCUAGACUUUGGAGCCAAGGGAGAUGGAAGCACAGAUGACACUAAGGCAUUCCAAGCUGCAUGGGCUGCUGCUUGUAAGGUGGAGGCAUCAACGGUUAAUGUACCAUCAGAAUAUGUAUUCUUGGUGGGACCCAUUUCAUUUUCUGGUCCAUAUUGUCAGCAUAACAUUGUUUUCCAGUUAGACGGUACGAUUAUUGCUCCAACAAGCUCGAAAGAAUGGGGUUCGGGGCUUCUACAAUGGCUCGAAUUCACAAAACUUGUAGGACUUACAAUCCAAGGAAGUGGCACUAUAGAUGGAAAUGGUGCAGUUUGGUGGCAAGAUUCCUCUUAUGAUGAUCCCAUAGAUGAUGAAUCAAAAUUAAUUGUACCCUUAAAUAGCUCGUUGCCACAAAAUCAUCCAAUUCCUUUGAGAGGCUCGCUCGGUGGAAAAAUGCCGAGAAUCAAACCGACGGCGUUGAGGUUCUAUGGGAGUUUCAAUGUUACAGUCACCGGCAUUAAAAUUCAAAACAGUCCUCAAUGUCACCUCAAGUUCGAUAAUUGCGUUGGAGUUAUGGUGUACAAUUUCAGCGUCUCAUCUCCGGGUGAUAGCCCAAACACAGACGGAAUUCACUUGCAAAACUCAAAAGAUGUUCUUAUUCGAAGUUCUAAUCUUGCUUGCGGGGAUGAUUGUAUAUCUAUACAAACUGGGUGCACAAAUGUGUACAUACACAAUGUUAACUGUGGACCAGGACAUGGAAUCAGCAUUGGAGGCUUAGGAAAAGAUAACACCAAAGCUUGUGUUUCAAAUAUUACUGUCCGCGACAUUGUUAUGCAUAACACGAUGAACGGUGUCCGAAUAAAAACUUGGCAGGGCGGAUCAGGAUCAGUGCAAGGAAUACUCUUUUCGAACGUCCAAGUUUCUGAAGUUCAACUACCUAUCGUAAUUGACCAAUACUAUUGCGACAAAAGAGAAUGCACCAACCAAACUGCAGCCGUGGCACUAUCGGGGAUCAAUUACGAAAAUAUAAGAGGAACGUAUACGGUAAAACCCGUUCACUUUGCUUGCAGUGACAGCAUGCCGUGUACUGAUGUCACUCUCACGAACAUAAAACUGCAGCCAUUGCAAGAACACUACCAUAUGUAUGAUCCAUAUUGUUGGCAGACUUUUGGAGAGCUCUACACUCCUACAGUUCCUCCCGUUCAAUGUUUACAAAUUGGAAAGCCGUUAAGCAAUAAGAUUCAAGGAGUCAGCGAUGUUUGUUAA